AUCGGGCUGGACUCUGAGCAGAGGCACAUCAGGCUGGACUCCGGGCAGAGGCACAUCGGGCUGGACUCCGGGCAGAGGCACAUCGGGCUGGACUCCGGGCAGAGGCACAUCAGGCCACCGGGCGGAGCAGCAGGCAGCGGGCGGGGCGACAGGCAUCGGGCCCCCAGGCUAGGCGACAGGCAUCGGGCCCCCAGGCGGGGCGACAGGCACCGGGCCCCCAGGCGGGGCGACAGGCAUCGGGCCCCCAAGCGGAGCUGCGGGCGCCAGGCCCCCAGGAGGGGCGACAGGCAUCGGGCCCCCAGGUGGAGCGGCGGGCGCCGGACCCCCAGGCGGAGCGACAGGUCUCAGGCCCCCAGGCGGAGCGGCGGGCGCCCGGACCCCCAGGCGGAGCGACAGGUCUCGGGCCCCCAGGCGGAGCGGCGGGCGCCGGACCCCCAGGCGGAGCGACAGGUCUCGGGCCCCCAGGCGGAGCGCGGACCC